GCCGAAACCAACCGAGGAAAUCUAUUCUCUCACUUUACAUUUCGACCGCCAUGGCCCAGCGCUCUUCGACCCGCCUCCACCAUGCGCCUGGAGGACAGUCCACGAUGGGCUCGUUGAUCUUCGGCGGCGGUGACAACUCGGCUGAAGAAGACCGUCCUCGCCGCGGCGUACGCAAGAUGGAAACCCCCGAACAACAGCAGGUCAGCAAGGACCAAGCCACCAACCAACUCAAUGGACAACAACAGCAACACCUUACGGCGGAAUCCCAAAAUGUCUCGUCCAACCGUUAUGCCAGCGGUACUUCGCAGAAUACGGGCAACGUGAUCACUGAUCGCAGCACGACGCGCAUUCACGCACCGCCUGGUGGACUGUCGUCGAUCGGUCAAUCUGACUACCAACGUGGCUCGUCCAACCGCUUUGCAAGUGGUUCGUCGCAAAACACGGGCAAUGUCAUCACUGACCGAAGUACCACGCGCAUCCACGCACCUCCUGGCGGCGCGUCGUCGUUUCGACUCGGUUAAGCGCAUAGUGCGUGUCAACGAUUGGAAUUGUAGCGACUCCCUUGAAAUAUAUAUAAAGAACAAACAACUUGCGCUUCCA